CUGUUGCACACAGCUGAUUUCUGAGUUCUGCCUCCUUUGCUUUGUGGCAUGGGCCACAGUUCCAGGCUGUAGGGUCACUUCCCUGUCAUUAAGUCCCUGCUGUGCAGAAGCUCCAUAAGUGAGGACCAUGUCCCUGUUUUCAGCAUUUCUUCUCCUUCUCCUGAGCAUUUCAAAGACUCAUUCAGAAAGUGUCCCCAGCGAGAAUGCUCAGACGUGCCCUGUGAUUGCCUGUGGUUCUCCAGGACUGAACGGCUUCCCAGGCAAAGACGGACAUGAUGGUGCCAAGGGAGAAAAGGGAGAACCAGGUCAAGGACUCAGGGGCUUGCAAGGCCCUCCUGGGAAACUGGGGCCACCAGGACCCCCAGGGGUUCCUGGAACACGAGGACUAACGGGACAAAAAGGGGAUCCUGGAGUAUGUCCAGUGUGUGAUACUAGCAUGGCUGAUAGAGAAAAGAAUGCUCUGCGAAAUGAAUUGGAAAAGAUCAAAAAGUGGUUAUUCUUCUCUCUUGGCAAAAAAGUUGGAAAGAAAUUUUUCUUGAGCAGUGGUCAACAAAUGAGUUUUGACAAAGUGAAGGCCCUUUGUGCCCAAUUUCAGGGCUCGGUGGCCUCUCCCAAGAAUGCUGAGGAGAACAGGGCCAUCAAAAAUGUUGUUGGAGAACAUGCCUUCUUGGGCAUCACAGAUGAAGAGAAUGAAGGCCAGUUUGUGGAUAUGGAAGGAAAAAGACUGACCUACACAAACUGGAACACUGGGGAGCCUAACAACUCUGACUCUGGCGAGGACUGUGUGGUACUCCUGUCAGAUGGCAAGUGGAAUGAUAUCCCCUGCUCCUCGGUGUCUAAGGUAGUCUGCGAGUUUUCUGUCUGAGGAAACACGCCUGUCAGCUCCUUUUGUCCCGGAGGCCCAUGCUCUGCUUUAAAAGAUAAAAGAUAGCAAUGUUCCCAGAGCCACUACUGUGUUGCUCCUUUGAGGAGAAAGUGAGGGGACUGAAUGCUGGACGUGGAGAUGAGAAGUGAGAGAAGCCCGUGCAGGAGUCCAGGGAGGGUUCAGGCUGAAUCGCUGCUGAUGACUGUUAACAGCAAGGAAUGAAAAUGAAGCCGCAAUAGUAUGUGUUUCAAUGUUUACCAUAAACCAGACCCUACAUUUUAUAUCUUGCAAUGAUUACUUAAAGUUAAUUAAACUAUAAUUGUUUUAUUUCAGUCAUGUUUACUUGCUAAGAUUCAAAAUAAAAUGUGCAUGUUUUUCCUCUUACUAUAAACA